AUGAGUGGAUUGACCAUAAGAGUAAAAAGGGGAUCGAGGGGCAGUGCUACACUUCUGGAAGCUGCUAACAGAAUUCUGAAACUACUCGGUGUCAGUUCGACGAAACGCGGGAAACAGUCCAUGCCUAAAUCGAAGACUAACGGACGAGCCGCCAGUGAGGUACGGGCACCUAUAGCCACAACGGAGUCUUUAGUCGAAUCGCCAACCAAAAUGCAAGCGUCACAGGCGGCAGCUACUCCUGUCUUAACACCCACGUCUACACAUGGCUCCAACCAAUCUCAUAGGCAUACCAAGAGAACUGCCAAAGAUUAUAUAUUUGGAAAACUUAUCGGCGAAGGCUGCUAUAGUACAGUAUUUUUAGCAAAAGAUAUUCAUACAGGGAAAGAAUAUGCAAUUAAAGUGUGUGAAAAGAGCUACAUAGUCCGCCAUCAAAAAGUACAAUAUAUUAAGAGGGAGAAAGAUGCUUUAAACAAGCUUUUCAAUGUACCACAUGGUUUCGUUAAACUGUACUGCACUUUCCAAGAUGACGAAAGACUGUACUUCGUAUUAUCUUAUGCGAAAAAUGGAGAACUCCUACAUCAUAUUAAUAAAGUUGGUUCGUUUCAAUUGAACGUAGCGAAAUUCUAUGCCGCUGAAUUGUUGCUAGCCUUAGAAAAGAUGCACGCUAACAAGAUCAUUCACCGCGACUUAAAACCGGAAAAUAUAUUAUUAGACGAAAAUAUGCAUCUGCAAAUAGCUGAUUUUGGUACUGUUAAGAUUCUCGAGUCUGAUUUUAAACGUGGAUCCUCCCAAAACACAACUGAUAAGGUAGAAGAAUUGAAAGAAAAGUCCGAUGAGACAAAUGACCGUUCGAGAAAAAAUAGUUUCGUUGGCACCGCACAAUACGUAAGCCCGGAUAUUUUACAAACGCGGAUAGACACACCCGCUUCGGACUUGUGGGCUUUGGGCUGCAUCAUUUACCAAAUGAUUUCGGGCUUGCCGCCGUUCAGAGCCUCGACUGAGUUUCUCACAUUUCAAAAGAUUAUGAAAAUGGAGUACGAGUUCCCUGAAGGAUUCCCUAGUGACGCUAAGGACUUAGUUGAGAAACUAUUACUUUUGGACCACACAAAACGUCUCGGAGCUAAUGAUAUCGGGGACACUUACGAAAGUAUUCGCAAACAUCCGUUCUUUGACGGUAUCGACUGGGAUGAUAUAUGGAAUCAGACACCACCCACUAUCUGUCCAUAUUUACCAGGUUGCUCGUUUGAAGAAGAAUAUACAGUACCAGACCAUUUAGAGCCAGGAUUAGGCAAAGACCAACUAGUUCGAUUGUGGGAAAUUGAUCUGUCUACUUCAAGAGUUUCAGGUAUCUUAAACAUCAGCCCAGAAGAAAGACGACGCCGCCUUGAAGUUCAAACUCGUGAGAAUAAAUGGCACCAGUUUGUCGAUGGUGAAUUGAUUUUGAAGCAAGGGUUGGUUGAGAAGAGAAAAGGUCUAUUUGCGAGGCGUCGAAUGCUACUAUUAACAACGGGGCCACGUCUCUUCUACGUGGACCCUGUGAAUAUGGUUCUCAAAGGGGAAAUUCCUUGGUCACCAGAUCUACGCGUGGAGGCUAAGAACUUUAGAAUAUUUUUAGUACACACACCAAACCGAACCUAUUACUUAGAAGAUCCAGAAGCAUACGCGUUGGAGUGGAGACGAGUGAUCGACGAAGUGCGUAUCGGCACCUAUGGACGGGACACGACUUAA